AUGGGAUCUUCAAUCAACUACCCUGGUUUUGUGAGCAAGCCGCAUUCAAAAAGUGACAAUAAAGAUAAUGUAUUGAAUCAGAGUGCAAGACAAGGUCAAGGUUCUAAUCAUCAAAAUAUGAUUGUCGAGAGGGACGACUCCAAACUGUUUAGGCAGCAUUUUAGUGCCAAAGCAAAUUCUAAGAAGGUUCCCCCUAUAGCUACACCAUUAGCAACUUCUAAUCUAUCUUUGGCUUUAAAGAGCGGUGCUAAUGGCAGUAAACCGAAUGAAGGUACUCAUGGGGAAGCAGCUGAAGAGAUUGUAGAAGAUGAAGAUGAAGAUUAUUCUUCAUGUGAUGAAAAAAACGAGGAAUCUUUGAAAGAUUAUAAGCCAGGUGGUUAUCAUCCCGCUUUCAAAGGUGAAAAAUACAAGAAUGGUAGGUACAUCCUUGUGAGGAAGUUAGGAUGGGGACAUUUUUCGACUGUUUGGUUGGCAAAGGAUUCACAAAGUCUCAAGAAUACUCAUGUUGCAAUGAAGAUUGUUAGAAGUGACAAAGUUUAUACAGAGGCAGCAGUUGAUGAAAUCAAGCUGUUGAAAAGGGUACGAAGUAAUAUUGGGGAAGAUGUAUUGGGGUCCCAGUAUAUCCUACGACUCUUGGAUAACUUUAUUCAUUCUGGGCCCAAUGGAGAUCAUAUAGUCAUGGUCUUUGAAGUGUUGGGAGAAAAUUUGCUAGCUCUUAUCAAGAAGUAUGAGCAUCGUGGAAUUCCAAUGAUUUAUGUUAAACAAAUUUCCAAACAGCUACUAUUGGGUUUGGAUUAUAUGCAUAGGCGGUGUGGUGUUAUACACACCGAUAUCAAGCCCGAGAAUGUAUUGAUGGAGAUUGGUGACGUCGAGGGAAUAGUGGAAAUGGUUGAAUUGAUGGAUAAACAAAAGAAAGAUCUUAAAAGAGUGCAUAAACAAACUUCGGUUGACUGGUCGUCAUCUUCAUCGCCUUACAAAUCGCAAUCUAAUCAGCCAUUGGCUUUGGUUUCAACUAAUUCAUCCACCAAUAUCUUAGAGUCCACUACGCCACUGCAAAAAGUUCCAAGCAGAAGACCAAGAAGGCAUUCAAUGAUUACAGGUUCGCAACCUUUACCAUCACCUUUGAGCUCCACUAAUUUCCACGAGAUGAAAGCACAAUUCCUAGGGCAAAGUAAUUCCAGUAGCCUCUCAUCAUCCCAAUGGCAAAGUUUUGUUCACUCAAAGAGCAAUGUUGCCAUCCCUCAUUCAAAUAGCAUGCUAAAUGGGAACCGAAGUACCCAAAUUAACGAAGAACAGCUGGCAAACUCCCUUUCAUCACUAGAUAUAUCCCAAGGUGAAGAAGCUAUGGGGGAUCCGAUGAAUCCUACAUCUUUACCAACCACCGAUACCAAUGUUAUAGAAAUUAAGAUUGCUGAUUUAGGAAAUGCCUGUUGGUAUGAUGAACAUUAUACUAGUUCUAUUCAGACUAGAGAAUAUAGGGCACCAGAAGUUUUAUUGGGGGCUCCAUGGGGCUGUAGUGCGGACAUUUGGUCCACUGCUUGCCUAAUCUUCGAGUUGAUUACUGGUGACCUUCUAUUUGAGCCUGACGAGGGUCAUUCCUAUUCCAAGGAUGAUGAUCAUAUUGCACAAAUCUUAGAGUUGCUCGGUGAGCUUCCUUCUUACUUGCUUAAUGAAGGCAGGUACACGAGGACUUUUUUCAAUUCUAGAGGUCAAUUGAGGAAUAUCUCAAAGCUGAAGCAUUGGCCACUGAAGUCGGUGCUAACGGAGAAAUACAAUUUCUCACCAGAGGAAGCCCAAGAGAUAAAAGAUUUUCUAUUACCUAUGUUACAUCUAGAUCCAAGAAAAAGAGCAGAUGCAGGUGGGAUGGUGAACCAUCCAUGGCUGAAUGAUACUUUGGGGAUGGAAAAUAUCGGUCUACCUGAUAGGAAACUUUACGAAAGCGGUUCAGACAUUCCUGGCUGGUAUCAAGAAGUGACAGGUCAUCCAAGACAUUGA